AUGAAGUUUCCAAAACUUUUUUUGACAAAUGCCUUAUUAGUUUUACUCCAAGCUAAUAAAUUACUGGGGGCUGUCAUACAACCUACCGAAUUGCCCUCACCCGGAGCAUCCACCAUGCCACUAACAAUAGUUGCAAGGGAUUUUCAACCAUCUGGAGAAUCCCAAGCUCUUCAGUCUAUCACUGAUUCUGAUGCUGAUGGUGGUAGAAAUUAUGAUGGUCAAGGGGGAUUAUUGGUGGCUACCAUUACAUGGGAAUACCCAUACAAUUUUUUCCUUGGUGGUAAAGUUCUAGGUGCUAGUGUUGGUUUUCUGAUGGUACCACAAGUAACAAUCUUUUCAACAUAUUAUACAUAUUGGAAAAGUUCUUACACCGCAACCGUUAGCGUUUAUACCUCAUCUCGUUAUAAUUACUGGAACUCUUUAGAUACGCUUACACUUUAUGAGAUUUUAGCUACUCCACAACGUAAUGCACAAAGUAACUAUUAUACAUCUUGGACUGGCUCAUAUAUCUACACUUAUUCUACUGGUUAUACCUUAAUUACUGGUCUUGAUGGACACGAAACAACAAAAACAAUCUAUUAUGUUAGAACUCCAGAUGAUAUUACUUUAAAGACAGUUACUACUGUAUGGACAGGAACAUACAGAACCACCUAUUCGACUCAUUCUGGCAUUUUAGUACUAAAUAACGAUUAUUUUGAGGAAACCAUUUAUUAUGUUUACAAUCCAAUUGUUACCAAAUUAAGUAGAACUUUUACCUUUUGGCAGGCACCGUCAACCACAACCUAUAAUACAAAAACUUAUUCUCAAACCGGAGGUGACGAGAUUGGUACAACAUUAUACGUGUUUUAUAUUGCUAUGCCUUCCAAUGUUUUGACACAAUAUACUACAGUUGGUUAUGGUUUUUCUAAGACAUCAAUUAUAGCUACAGUUACAGAAAGUAUGUUUGGUCCUGAUGGUUAUCCAACUACACAGCUUAUUAUUGUAGUUGCUACACCAAAUCCAUAUGGUACAGUUACUAUAUAUACGGAUUGGACUGGUACAUUUAUGUCAACUUAUUCAACAAAAGUGACUACAAAAAGAACUCAAGCAGGUAAUGUGGCUAUAUCAUCAAUUCAAACAAUUUAUUACGUGAAAACUCCUUAUGAUCAAGUAGAAACAGAAACGACCACAAAGUUUGCCUGGCUGCAGCCAUUUGCCUCUACAUUUUCAACUGGUUAUAGUCACUGGUAUGGUAAUGAUGGCACAUAUACAUAUGAAACGAUAUUUUAUGUUAGCAAUCCGGGUAUUAGGACCACAAGAACUUCAGGAUGGAGCAAAUCAGUAACAUCCACCGUAAGCACAUAUUGGUCCACCGAAUGGGAUAAGGACUUAGUUCCUAUUGAAGAAGAGGUAAUAUUAGUUGCAGUUCCACCAUAUUCUGCAGUAUCACACUCUUCAAAAUACUCCCCUUCAAGCUCAAUGCUAUCAUCAUCAUCAUCAUCAUCAUCAUCAUCAUCAUCAUCAUCAUCAUCAUCAUCAUCACCAUCAUCAUCAUCAUCAUCAUCAUCAUCACCAUCAUCAUCAUCAUCAACAUCCAAAAGUCCAUCAUUUUCUUCAACAAAAUCUUUAUCCAGCAAAACAUCAUUUACUUACACAAGCUCAACUAACAACCCAAAUUCAAAAGCAAGUUCUACCACCACAAGUGCCACGUCAUCCACAAUCAUCUCCAAGUCUUCAGAAAGCAGAACAAGUGAAUCAGAUAAAAAUACAUCUAUUUCUACUACUUACGAAGUGUCUGAAUCGUCUUCGUCAUCUAGUUCGUCCUCAUCUCACCCAUCAGUAUACACUACUACUAGGACAUCUGGUUCCGACACUGAGACCGAUGUUGUUUCUGAAUACUCGACCACCGACUCUGCUGGUAAGCCAACAACUAUUACCACUACUUAUGAAGUAACCUCCAGUAGGUCCUCAAGAACUACUUCUCACUCCAAAUUUUCUUCGGACUCAAAGUCUGAGGUCACAACUUCUGAAUCUGAGGAUAUUCCACCUCCUAUUACAGAUUGGAGAAGUGAAACAGAAGAAUAUCCAAUUGAUUCUGAAUCUACACCAUUCCCCACAUUAUACACUACUACUAGGACAUCUGGUUCCGUCACUGCGACCGAUAUUGUUUCUGAGUAUUCGACCACUGACUCUGCUGGUAAGCCAACAACCAUGACCACUACCUACGAAGUGUCUGAAUCGUCUUCGUCUUCGUCUUCGUCUUCGUCUUCGUCAUCUCACCCAUCAGUAUACACUACUACUAGGACAUCUGGUUCCGUCACUGAGACCGAUGUUGUUUCUGAAUACUCGACCACUGACUCUGCUGGUAAGCCAACAACCAUGACCACUACCUACGAAGUGUCUGAAUCGUCUUCGUCUUCAGCUUCGUCUUCGUCAUCUCACCCAUCAGUAUACACUACUACCAUCACUUCUGGUUCCAUCACUGAGACCGAUAUUGUUUCUGAGUACUCGACCACCGACUCUAACGGCAUGCCAACCACAUUGACCACUACUUAUGAAUUAAGCGGGUCUGAAUUACCACCUGUCUACACUACUACCAUCACCUCUGGUUCCGUCACUGAGACCGAUAUUGUGUCUGUUUACUCGACCACCGACUCUGCUGGUAAGCCAACAACUAUUACCACUACUUAUGAAGUAGCCUCUAGUAGGUCUUCAAGAACUACCUCUGAGUCCAUAUUUACUUCGGAGUCAAAGCCUGAGUACUCAACUUCUGAAUCUGAGGAUAUUCCACCUCCUAUUACAGAUUGGCCAAGUGAAACAGAAGAAUAUCCAAUUGAUUCUGAAUCUACACCAUUCCCCACAUUAUACACUACUACUAGGACAUCUGGUUCCGUCACUGCGACCGAUAUUGUUUCUGAGUAUUCGACCACUGACUCUGCUGGUAAGCCAACAACCAUGACCACUACCUACGAAGUGUCUGAAUCGUCUUCGUCUUCGUCUUCGUCUUCGUCUUCGUCAUCUCACCCAUCAGUAUACACUACUACUAGGACAUCUGGUUCCGUCACUGAGACCGAUGUUGUUUCUGAAUACUCGACCACCGACUCUGCUGGUAAGCCAACAACCAUGACCACUACCUACGAAGUGCUCGAAUCGUCUUCGGUCUUUGGCUUCGUCGUCGUCGUCUCACCCAUUCAGUAUACACUACUACUAGGACAUCUGGUUCCGUCACUGAGACCGAUGUUGUUUCUGAAUACUCGACCACCGACCUCUGCUGGUAAGCCAACAACUAUUACCACUACUUAUGAAGUAACCUCCAGUAGGUCCUCAAGAACUACUUCUCACUCCAAAUUUUCUUCGGACUCAAAGUCUGAGGUCACAACUUCUGAAUCUGAGGAUAUUCCACCUCCUAUUACAGAUUGGAGAAGUGAAACAGAAGAAUAUCCAAUUGAUUCUGAAUCUACACCAUUCCCCACAUUAUACACUACUACCAUCACCUCUGGUUCCGUCACUGAGACCGAUAUUGUUUCUGAGUACUCGACCACCGACUCUGCUGGUAAGCCAACAACCAUGACCACUACCUACGAAGUGUCUGAAUCGUCUUCGUCUUCGUCUUCGUCUUCGUCUUCGUCAUCUCACCCAUCAGUAUACACUACUACUAGGACAUCUGGUUCCGUCACUGAGACCGAUGUUGUUUCUGAAUACUCGACCACUGACUCUGCUGGUAAGCCAACAACCAUGACCACUACCUACGAAGUGUCUGAAUCGUCUUCGUCUUCAGCUUCGUCGUCGUCAUCUCACCCAUCAGUAUACACUACUACUAGGACAUCUGGUUCCGUCACUGAGACCGAUGUUGUUUCUGAGUACUCGACCACCGACUCUAACGGCAUGCCAACCACAUUGACCACUACUUAUGAAUUAAGCGGGUCUGAAUUACCACCUGUCUACACUACUACCAUCACCUCUGGUUCCGUCACUGAGACCGAUAUUGUGUCUGUUUACUCGACCACCGACUCUAACGGCAUACCAACCACAUUGAUCACUACUUAUGAAUUAAGCGGGUCUGAAUUACCACCUGUCUACACUACUACCAUCACCUCUGGUUCCGUCACUGAGACCGAUAUUGUUUCUGCUUACUCGACCACCGACUCUGCUGGUAAGCCAACAACCAUGACCACUACCUACGAAGUGUCUGAAUCGUCUUCGUCUUCAGCUUCGUCGUCGUCAUCUCACCCAUCAGUAUACACUACUACUAGGACAUCUGGUUCCGUCACUGAGACCGAUGUUGUUUCUGAAUACUCGACCACCGACUCUGCUGGUAAGCCAACAACCAUGACCACUACCUACGAAGUGUCUGAAUCGUCUUCGUCUUCAGCUUCGUCUUCAGCUUCGUCUUCGUCAUCUCACCCAUCAGUAUACACUACUACUAGGACAUCUGGUUCCGUCACUGAGACCGAUGUUGUUUCUGAGUACUCGACCACCGACUCUAACGGCAUGCCAACCACAUUGAUCACUACUUAUGAAUUAAGCGGGUCUGAAUUACCACCUGUCUACACUACUACCAUCACCUCUGGUUCCGUCACUGAGACCGAUAUUGUUUCUGAAUACUCGACCACCGACUCUGCUGGUAAGCCAACAACCAUGACCACUACCUACGAAGUGUCUCAAUCGUCUUCGUCUUUGCUUCGUCGUCUUCAUAUCACCUAUCAGUAUACACUACUACGUAGGACAUCUGGUUCCGUCACUGAGACCGAUGUUGUUUCUGAAUACUCGACCACUGACUCUGCUGGUAAGCCAACAACCAUGACCACUACCUACGAAGUGUCUGAAUCGUCUUCGUCUUCAGCUUCGUCUUCGUCACCUCACCCAUCAGUAUACACUACUACCAUCACUUCUGGUUCCAUCACUGAGACCGAUAUUGUUUCUGAGUACUCGACCACCGACUCUAACGGCACGCCAACCACAUUGACCACUACUUAUGAAUUAAGUGGGUCUGAAUUACCACCUGUCUACACUACUACCAUCACCUCUGGUUCCGUCACUGAGACCGAUAUUGUGUCUGUUUACUCGACCACCGACUCUAACGGCAUGCCAACCACAUUGACCACUACUUAUGAAUUAAGCGGGUCUGAAUUACCGCCUGUCUACACUACUACCAUCACUUCUGGUUCCGUCACUGAGACCGAUAUUGUUUCUGAGUACUCGACCACUGACUCUGCUGGUAAGCCAACAACCAUGACCACUACCUACGAAGUGUCUGAAUCGUCUUCGUCUUCGUCUUCGUCGUCGUCUUCGUCGUCGUCAUCUCACCCAUCAGUAUACACUACUACCAUCACUUCUGGUUCCGUCACUGAGACCGAUAUUGUUUCUGAGUACUCGACCACUGACUCUGCUGGUAAGCCAACAACCAUGACCACUACCUACGAAGUGUUUGAAUCGUCUUCCUCCUCGUCUCUCAUAGAAUUAACUUCUUGGAGUUCAUUAGUUUCUAGUAUAUUUACUAGUAACUUAAUACCAUCGUUUACAUACGAAUCGACAACUAGUUCAACUUAUUACUCCAGUACCUCGUCAGAUGGUUUUGAUACAGAAUCAUCUUUCAAUACGAUCUCACCUGAAUCAGAAACUACCAAUUCCAUAGAAUCAAACUCAGGAUUUAGUUCCGGAUUAACGGAUGCAAGUUCUACUGGAACUUUCACUAAUAGUAUUUUAUCAUUUACCUCCACGUCUAGUUCAUACAGUGGCAAUUAUGGAUGGAACAGUACACUAAUGUCCUCAAGAGGUGAAUCAAGCUUAUCAAAGAGUUAUUCAUCUGAACCAUCUAUACCUAUUGCAUCUCUUGCACCGGAGACAAGUGCAGGAACUGUUAGUCACAUCACAACUACUCUUUCAAAUACCAACUCUGUUACGAUUUCAAGUUCAUUAACACCAGAAAAUUUAAAUACUCAAUUGGUGACAUCUGUUCCUACUGAAAAUACAGAGACUUCAAGAUCAAAUUCUCAAGGCAUUACUUCUGUUGCACCUACUUCUAAUUCAAAUACAAAAGAAUUUACAUCUGCUUCAACUCAAAUUAUUGAAUCUUCGGAUUCAAAGCAAGUUACUCAACCAACGGGAUUAUCUACAAUAAACCCAACUCAGAUACAACCAACAUCCCUUUCAAUUACUAUUUCACCUGGACCAAUCCCAUCACAUAAUACUCAAUUAGAAAGUACAACCUCUACAAUUCUUCAAGAUAACGUUAAUACGCCUUCAACAGUAUUCACAGAUAAUGGUAAUCCACAUAUUACUACGACUCCCGAAGUUGUUCCAAGCCCUGAAGAAAAUUUACCAAGUUACAGUGAGCCUAAUCCUGAAACCCAUAUGACAAUAUUAUAUGAAGGUGCAGCUUCAAGUAAUAAGCAAGCUAACGGUAGUAUAAUGUUUGUCUUAGGGCUUGUUUUCUUUUAUCUGUUCAAUUGA